UCAACCUUGUAUUUUUCUCUCUUUCUCUCAAUAUCUAACUAUUGGUAUUUUUUAGUGCUUGGAAGAAAGGAAAGAAAAUGAGAUUUUUAGGUGGACUGUUCUUGGGUUCUUUGGCCAUUGUUGUCCUGUUUAUCUCAGUGACAAAUGGAGACCCUAUUGUUCCUGGUUUAAUGAUCUUUGGGGACUCGGUGGUUGAUGUUGGGAACAAUAACAACCUUUAUACUGUUGUCAAAGCAAACUUUCCACCUUAUGGGAGAGACUUUAUUUCUCAUAAACCAACUGGAAGGUUCUGCAAUGGAAAGUUAGCCACAGACUUCACUGCUGAGUACCUUGGAUUCACCUCAUAUCCACCAGCUUACCUUAGCCAAGAAGCCAAGGGAAAGAACCUCUUGACCGGAGCCAACUUUGCCUCGGGAGCUUCUGGCUAUUAUGACGAAACAGCCCAGUUAUAUAGAGCCAUUUCAUUGACCCAGCAGCUGAACUACUACAGGGAGUAUCAAGAGAAAGUGGUAAAUAUGGUAGGACAAAAUAAAGCCAAUGCCUUGUUCUCUGGUUCAAUCUACCUUUUAAGUGCAGGGAGUAGUGAUUUUAUACAGAACUACUAUAUUGAUCCCAUUCUUUGUAGAGCUUACACCCCCGACCAGUUCUCGGACAGGCUCAUGAGUUCAUACACUACUUUCAUUCAGACUCUGUACGGAUUGGGAGCAAGGAGGAUUGGCGUCACAAACUUACCGCCACUGGGAUGUUUGCCAGCAGCUAUCACCCUAUUUGGCGGAGGAAGUAAUCAGUGUGUCGCCAGGUUAAACAUAGACGCCUUUUCGUUCAACGGAAAGUUAAAUAGCACAUCUGAAAGUCUGCGUAGGCUUCCUGAUCUCAAGCUUGUGGUCUUCGAAAUUUACCAGCCUCUCUUGGAUAUGGCCACAAAGCCCUCUGAUAACGGUUUCUUUGAAUCAAGACGAGCUUGCUGUGGAACAGGUACUCUAGAAACUUCGCUGCUUUGCAACUCCAGGUCUGUAGGGACAUGUUCUAACGCUACCGGAUAUGUAUUUUGGGAUGGAUUUCAUCCCUCUGAAACUGCAAAUGAGAUCUUGGCUGGUGAUCUACUUCAACAAGGCUUUGAUCUCAUCUCUUAA